AUGUCGGACUACGUUCCGCUGGCAGCCCAGGCGCGGGUGAACCUGACCGGUGACGCCACAACGCCGGCCGGCGUCCGCCCCACCACCAUUCCGGCAGUGACGCUGCGUCUGAUUUACUAUCUAGAUGCGUUGGCUAAAAUUCUCGUCGACCCUGACAUUCCGCCGCCACCUGUAGGCGACCCCCAAAAGCGACGUCCUAGCCAGCUGGAGGAGGACUCUUCGUCUAGCGAUGAGGAGGAGGAACCCCAGCCCGGCCCGGGACCUAGACGCCAACGUCGGCCGCUCAAUCGAGCCGAGAGGGAUCGAAGAGAGAUAGAGGAGGCGUUGGCCGAGGACGAACUCGAGGAUAGGCUGUACGCGAGCGUCCCGCGAGGAGAGUUUACUGCGGCUGAGUUUGUGGUCGAGGAUCUGAAGAACAGCGACAUUGAAGUGCUGAUAGCCAAUGCCCUUCGCCACACGGAGACGCUCGAGGAAGGGUCGUCGCUGCAGCAGAACAUAUCGUGGAUACUAGACUACAAGCGGUGGGCGGUGGAUGCUCUUCCGUCAGAAGGUGACGACCUGGAGCCGGGGUCCAUACUCACUGACAAGGACAAAAUUGGCAAGCACAUCGGCGAUGAUUUGGGCGAACGUUGGCACACCGCCCCGCGCCAGUUCAUCUGGUUGCACGGCCCGAGGACCAACGAGCCUCGAAUUCGCGCUUACGUCUUGUUCAGAGCGCGAGAGACCCUCAUCGAGGCAAUGAGGAGCGAAGAGGGCAACACCGCCAUGCGCACGCAGCCGAUCAAGCCUUGCACGGUCAACAUGCUACUCGGCCGCAUCAAGGCCCUUCAGAUGGCGGCAAGCGUACGCGAGAUCACGCUCGCCGACAUCUUUCUGUACCGCCUUGCUAGCGGGUCGUCGGUGAACCCUGACAACCGGCCAAUGGUCAUGGUCAUCGAGCAGCGCAACUCGAAGACGUGCAAGGACGCCCGUCUUCAUCACAGCUACGCGGCGAGGCACUUAGAGGCGGAACUGUAUGUUGUGGGCGAUACAAUCCUCUGGCUGCACUUCAUCUACGACCAGGUCCCCCAGAUCUUCGGCGUCCCCAUAAUUCCGCCGCUGGACGUACGCCGACCGGAGCUCUGGUACAACAAGCAUCUCUUCUUCGCCCGCUACGACAAGGAUCAGGGUUUGCUGCCGUCGUCGAGCCAGCAACGAAUCACUCGGCAGCUGUGGACGGCCAACAAGGUUUUCAUCAAGCGCAACGUGCACGCCGCUCGCGCCGGCAGGGCAGAAGAGUUGGCUGACCAAGGCACGCCGCGCGCCGAGAUAGCCGAAUUGGGUCACUGGGCUAUUGACAAGAUGACGAGGAGUUACAUCACUUCAAUUCCAGUCGGGGUGGUGAUGAGGAAGGCCGGCUACUCCGGAGCCCGAAGCGACUACUUCCUGGGCCGCAACAGGCUACCUCCCAGCGCAGACCUCGAAAAAACCAUCGCCGCGCACAUAUUUCCCGGCGUCGAGGAACAGUUGGGGGCGGCGUGGGCGAAGGACAUCGAGAAGAUUGACACCGAGACGAUCGCCAAGCACCGGUCGCCGAUCCCGACCCAGCCAGCUAUGAAGGUGGAGAAGGAGCUCGAGGAGGCGCGUGCUGCUAUCGCGGCGAGGGACGCCGAGAUCUCCCGGCUCAUGGAGGAGCUCAAGAUCUCCGAGGCACGUAGGGCGCCAGCGCCACAGGCGCCUUCUAGGCCGACGACCCUGGAAGAGGAGGCAGCUGCGGCCGCUAAGCAAGCUCAGUUGGACGCCGACGCUCACUACGAGGCCCUGGUUGUGAACCCAUGGAGAAAGGUCGAGACUGUGGCAGAGGCCUGGCGCUUCUGGAACUGCCCCACCACCACGGACCGCCGGCAUCUCUGCGACAGGAUCAACGAGCCAGGUUUCAUCGGGCGGCACAGCCUCCUGGGCAAGUCGUCGGCCAGCGCAAAACGGGGUGAGAUGCGCCGAAUGAGGAGGGCGAUGGAGGCCGUGCGCCGCUUCCGUUCGUCAGACGGAGAGGCCGACACCGCCGCCGUCAUCAAGAAACUCGACGAGCUCGCUGCGUCGGGAAUUGUGACCUUCUGCGAUGCUCUGAAGAUCAUCGACGCCGAUACGCUUCCGAUACGCACGGAGGGGAACCUGGGCAUCAAGGGGCUUUCUAAGGGUGAAAAGCCCAAGCUGACGGUUGCUUGGGGACUGGUGGCGGCGGGAUACAUGACGCACAAGUGGGGCGAGGACAUGUUCCCAACCACGUGGGAAGAGCAGAAAGCUGUGGCGGCCCAAACGGCCGCGGAGCAGGCCGCUGCUAGACCGCCGCCGCUGCCGACGAAGACGUCCAAGCGUCGGAAGCCGGGCUGA